AUGGAGGAACUGGCCCGGGAGAGCAUCAGCCUACUGGCUCGCUCUGCGUCUCACGCGGACCCGCCUCGGCUCGGCUCCUUAGGUGCGGUGUUCAUCAUGCUGAAGUCCGCGCUGGGAGCCGGACUGCUCAACUUCCCCUGGGCCUUCGAGAAAGCGGGAGGAGUGAACACCGCCAUCAGUGUGGAGCUGGUUUCUCUGGUUUUCCUCAUCAGUGGUUUGGUGAUCCUGGGCUAUGCCUCGUCAGUCAGCAGACAAAAGACGUAUCAGGAUGUUGUUAGUGAGGUGUGUGGACGAGCUGUGGGCCAACUCUGUGAAGUCUGUUUCUGCUUCAACCUCUUCAUGAUAUGUGUGGCUUUCUUGGUGGUGGUGCAGGACCAGCUGGAGAAAUUGUGUAUUUCUUUAUAUGAGACUGUGACUGGGUCCAGUGAGGUAGACAUGCCGUAUCACUGGUACACCGACCAGCGAUUUGCUCUCUUCAUCAUGUGCCUCGUCAUCAUCCUCCCCCUGUCAAUCCCAAAAGAAAUUGGCAUCCAGAAAUACACAAGUGUGUUGGGGACGCUGGCUGCUACGUAUCUGUGUGUGGCAGUGAUCGUCAAAUACUACCUGAUGGAGAGUCAUUCUGUUAUAAUAACUCCUGAGCACAGCCAAGGUGUCGGUUCGUGGGCUUCGAUGUUCAGUGUUGUGCCGACCAUCUGCUUCGGCUUCCAGUGCCAUGAAGCUUGUAUAGCAAUCUACAGUAGCAUGGAGAACCAGAAGCUCUCCCACUGGGUGCUCAUCUCUGUGCUCUCCAUGUUUUUCUGUUUACUGAUCUACACUCUCACAGGCGUGUACGGCUUCAUGACGUUUGGAAGAGAUGUUGCCUCCGAUAUUCUCAUGUCAUAUCCAGGAAAUGACGUGGUCAUGAUCAUUUCCAGGCUACUUUUUGGAAUAUCAAUUAUUACAAUUUAUCCAAUUAUUCUUCUUCUAGGGCGGUCUGUGAUCCUGAACUUGGUGCUGCGAAUUCAAAGACGUCGUCGGGGAAUCGUCACUCAUUUGUUUGAGAGUCGCUGCAGAGUUAUUCUCACUGUGAUCUGGAUCUCCAUCACUCUUGUCAUUGCAAUGUUUGUGCCCGACAUGGGUGAGGUCAUCAGUGUCAUUGGAGGAAUCAGUGCCUUCUUCAUCUUUAUUUUUCCUGGUCUUUGCUUAGUGUGCAUUAUGCAGAGUGAACCUGUGACUGCAAGAGUCAGGGUGGUUUUUACAGUAUGGGGAGUCAUAACAAUUGUAGUUGGAGCCUUCAUCUUUGGCCAAAGCACAACCAUCGCUAUCAUGGAGCUUUUCCACAAAUUCUGA